AUGUAUGUACGUGAACAAAUGAUGAGUCAAAGUCUUUUACAUAUNGCAACUGAAACUAGAAAAGUAGCUGUUGAGAGCGAGGAUGGUUUGUAUAGCGCAACGGGAGAGAUAGUCAGCUCUCAAACAAUAUCCAGUAAAACUCGUACUGUUGAAACCAUUACAUAUAAAACCGAGAGGGAUGGAGUCGUAGAGACACGGGUAGAACAGAAGAUCACGAUACAAUCGGAUGGUGAUCCCAUCGAUCACGAUCGUGCUUUAGCGGAGGCGAUCCAAGAAGCUACCGCGAUGAAUCCAGACAUGACAGUUGAGAAAAUAGAAAUUCAACAGCAGACAGCGCAGUAA